GAAGAUAAAAUCCAAGUAGAAGAAAACAUCAAUUGGCCUAUGGUAACCAAAGAGCACACUCCGGAAGAUUUGCUAGCUCAGUUACGUGCUUUGGGAAAUGAUGAUGAGGAAAGCAAACUUAGGCUUGCUAUGUUGCUUCUUCUCGAGUCAAUAUUCUUGUUGAAGUAUGCCCUUAACAAGCCAAGUAUGUACUUUACGGCAGAGAUGUUGGAGAGAGGGAAAAAUAAAAUGCACACGUAUCCUUGGGGUAAAUUGGCAUUUGACUUACUCGUAGAUUCUGUACACAAACUUACUGGUAAAUUGAAAACUGGUUCGUCAAAGAAAGACCUUAAAGGUUUUCCGAUGGCAUUACAGUUGUGGAUGUUGGCUUUUGUGCCAGCAUUAGAAACUGCUUUUGCUCAGUCAGAAUCAGAUACUUCAGGCUUUGUUUGUGAGAGGUACGUGGUUACUAGGCAGCCUAGUUAUUAUGAAAUUGAGAGCGUGGCAGAAUCUACGAGUCCCUCGGUAAUCAGCUUUCUUGGUUCUGAUGAAGAAGACUAUGAAGAUGAUGAUCCUUUUAAGAUGAUGAUGAAGAUGGUGAAGGGAGGAUACCCCUGGACUGAGCUAGAUUGGAGGCGUGGAUUCAUUGAGGUAGAAAAAGCUCAAGAAGAUGGUGGCUAUGCUUCGCCCAGGCUCGAGACUUCUGUUUCGCUUGGGCUCGAGGCUUCGCCCAGGCUCGAGACUUCUGUUUCGCUUGGGCUCGAGGCUUCGCCUAGGCUCAGCAAUUCACUGCAUGAACCGGACACGGGAGAUAAGGAUGAGUUUGGUAAGGAGUUGAAUGUUCAGGAUAAGGAUGAGUUUGAUAAGGAGUUGAAUGUUCAGGAUGAGGAUGAGGAUGAGGAUGAGCCGGAGUUGAAUGUUCAGGAUGAGGAUGAGGAUGAGGAUGAGGAUGAGGAUGAGGAUGAGCCGGAGUUGAAUGUUCAGGAUGAGGAUGAGGAUGAGCCGGACGUAUUGGUUGAUCAACUCAAGGAGUUGAAUUUUCAGGAACAGCCUGAGCGAUACGCUCUGUGCGGAUCGUGGACCGCUGGAAGGAUCGAUACGAGGGAACUGUGCUCAAGAGGUGUCAGGAAAACUAACCCUAAACUCGAAGGAGAAGAAAGCAGAGGCGCUUCAUCAAUUAACAAUCACUCGACGUUUAAGUACGUGAAGCUAGUUAAAGACAUUCUCUCCGAGCCGUUGUUCAACAAGUUGAAAAGUACUUUCCUAGGGCCGAUAAUAAAAGCGGGCUUAAGGCGAGGAGGCGGUAAACAAAUGGGAGACGGAUUGGGAUUCUCGGCAUCGUUGGUUCGUUAUCUUGUAGUUAGACAGAUCACUACGACAAAGAAAGAUGAGCUGUGGUUUUAUUUUAACAACCAACCGAUGCGAUUCACUUUGCGUGAAUUUCAUCUUGUCACCGGACUUCCUUGCUAUGCGGAAGAUAAAAUCCAAGUAGAAGAAAACAUCAAUUGGCCUAUGGUAACCAAAGAGCACACUCCGGAAGAUUUGCUAGCUCAAUUACGUGCUUUGGGAAAUGAUGAUGAGGAAAGCAAACUUAGGCUUGCUAUGUUGCUUCUUCUCGAGUCAAUAUUCUUGUUGAAGUAUGCCCUUAACAAGCCAAGUAUGUACUUUACGGCAGAGAUGUUGGAGAGAGGGAAAAAUAAAAUGCACACAUAUCCUUGGGGUAAAUUGGCGUUUGACUUACUCGUAGAUUCUGUACACAAACUUACUGGUAAAUUGCAAACUGGUUCGUCAAAGAAAGACCUUAAAGGUUUUCCGAUGGCAUUACAGUUGUGGAUGUUGGCUUCUGUGCCAGCAUUAGAAACUGCUUUUGCUCAGUCAGAAUCAGAUACUUCAGGCUUUGUUUGUGAGAGGUACGUGGUUACUAGGCAGCCUAGUUAUUAUGAAAUUGAGAGCGUGGCAGAAUCUACGAGUCCCUCGGUAAUCAGCUUUCUUGGUUCUGAUGAAGAAGACUAUGAAGAUGAUGAUCCUUUUAAGAUGAUGAUGAAGAUGGUGAAGGGAGGAUACCCCUGGACUGAGCUAGAUUGGAGGCGUGGAUUCAUUGAGGUAGAAAAAGCUCAAGAAGAUGGUGGCUAUGCUUCGCCCAGGCUCGAGACUUCUGUUUCGCUUGGGCUCGAGGCUUCGCCCAGGCUCGAGACUUCUGUUUCGCUUGGGCUCGAGGCUUCGCCUAGGCUCAGCAAUUCACUGCAUGAACCGGACACGGGAGAUAAGGAUGAGUUUGGUAAGGAGUUGAAUGUUCAGGAUAAGGAUGAGUUUGAUAAGGAGUUGAAUGUUCAGGAUGAGGAUGAGGAUGAGGAUGAGUCGGAGUUGAAUGUUCAGGAUGAGGAUGAGGAUGAGGAUGAGGAUGAGCCGGAGUUGAAUGUUCAGGAUGAGGAUGAGGAUGAGCCGGACGUAUUGGUUGAUCAACUCAAGGAGUUGAAUUUUCAGGAACAACCUGAGCAGGAAAAGUCAGAAUCAGAUACUUCAGGCUUUGUUUGUGAGAGGUACGUGGUUACUAGGCAGCCUAGUUAUUAUGAAAUUGAGAGCGUGGCAGAAUCUACGAGUCCCUCGGUAAUCAGCUUUCUUGGUUCUGAUGAAGAAGACUAUGAAGAUGAUGAUCCUUUUAAGAUGAUGAUGAAGAUGGUGAAGGGAGGAUACCCCUGGACUGAGCUAGAUUGGAGGCGUGGAUUCAUUGAGGUAGAAAAAGCUCAAGAAGAUGGUGGCUAUGCUUCGCCCAGGCUCGAGACUUCUGUUUCGCUUGGGCUCGAGGCUUCGCCCAGGCUCGAGACUUCUGUUUCGCUUGGGCUCGAGGCUUCGCCUAGGCUCAGCAAUUCACUGCAUGAACCGGACACGGGAGAUAAGGAUGAGUUUGGUAAGGAGUUGAAUGUUCAGGAUAAGGAUGAGUUUGAUAAGGAGUUGAAUGUUCAGGAUGAGGAUGAGGAUGAGGAUGAGCCGGAGUUGAAUGUUCAGGAUGAGGAUGAGGAUGAGGAUGAGCCGGAGUUGAAUGUUCAGGAUGAGGAUGAGGAUGAGGAUGAGGAUGAGGAUGAGGAUGAGCCGGAGUUGAAUGUUCAGGAUGAGGAUGAGGAUGAGCCGGACGUAUUGGUUGAUCAACUCAAGGAGUUGAAUUUUCAGGAACAACCUGAGCAGGAAAAGUCAGAAUCAGAUACUUCGGGCUUUGUUUGUGAGAGGUACGUGGUUACUAGGCAGCCUAGUUAUUAUGAAAUUGAGAGCGUGGCAGAAUCUACGAGUCCCUCGGUAAUCAGCUUUCUUGGUUCUGAUGAAGAAGACUAUGAAGAUGAUGAUCCUUUUAAGAUGAUGAUGAAGAUGGUGAAGGGAGGAUACCCCUGGACUGAGCUAGAUUGGAGGCGUGGAUUCAUUGAGGUAGAAAAAGCUCAAGAAGAUGGUGGCUAUGCUUCGCCCAGGCUCGAGACUUCUGUUUCGCUUGGGCUCGAGGCUUCGCCCAGGCUCGAGACUUCUGUUUCGCUUGGGCUCGAGGCUUCGCCUAGGCUCAGCAAUUCACUGCAUGAACCGGACACGGGAGAUAAGGAUGAGUUUGGUAAGGAGUUGAAUGUUCAGGAUAAGGAUGAGUUUGAUAAGGAGUUGAAUGUUCAGGAUGAGGAUGAGGAUGAGGAUGAGCCGGAGUUGAAUGUUCAGGAUGAGGAUGAGGAUGAGGAUGAGGAUGAGGAUGAGGAUGAGGAUGAGGAUGAGGAUGAGGAUGAGCCGGAGUUGAAUGUUCAGGAUGAGGAUGAGGAUGAGCCGGACGUAUUGGUUGAUCAACUCAAGGAGUUGAAUUUUCAGGAACAACCUGAGCAGGAAAAGGUUGGGGUUUAUAAAACGCGAGCUGGACGCGUGGUUAUACCACCAGUUCUAUUCUCUCCUAGUGGCCACAAGACCAAGUCACGAAGGCUCUAAAUAAGGUAUAUAGAAGAUACGUUAUCACUUAUAAAUGCUAUGCAAGGUA